CGCUGCUGCCCCGCUGCCCCGUGGAGGCCAUGGCGCCGCGGCUCCCGGGACGGGCACCGCUCCCGCUCGUCAGCCUGGGCGUCCUGCUGCUCGUCGCUGCCCUCCCCGCCCACGCCGGGCUUUCGCAGAAGCAUGUUUCAGAUGUUGUUGAUGACAGCAAAGAUAACAUCACCAUUUUCACCCGCAUCCUGGACAGGCUGUUGGAUGGAUACGACAACCGCCUGAGGCCUGGGCUCGGAGACAGUGUAACUGAAGUCAAGACAGACAUUUACGUGACAAGUUUCGGCCCUGUCUCGGACACGGAUAUGGAAUACACCAUUGAUGUCUUUUUCCGGCAAUCCUGGAGAGAUGAGAGGCUGAAGUUUGAUGGGCCCAUGAAGAUACUUCCCCUGAACAACCUGCUGGCCAGUAAGAUCUGGACUCCUGAUACCUUCUUUCACAACGGCAAGAAGUCUGUAGCCCAUAACAUGACAACACCUAACAAACUGCUGCGUCUGGUGGACAAUGGCACCCUCUUGUACACCAUGAGGCUAACGAUUCAUGCAGAGUGCCCCAUGCACCUGGAGGACUUCCCAAUGGACGUGCAUGCUUGCCCUCUGAAAUUUGGGAGCUAUGCCUACACGAAGACAGAGGUGAUCUACACCUGGACACUGGGGAAGGAUAAAUCAGUAGAAGUAGCAAAGGGUGGAUCACGCCUGAACCAGUAUGACCUGCUGGGCCAUGUUGUUGGGACAGAGAUGGUUCGAUCCAGCACAGGGGAAUACGUGGUGAUGACUACGCACUUCCACCUCAAGAGGAAGAUCGGGUACUUUGUGAUCCAAACAUACCUGCCCUGCAUCAUGACGGUCAUCCUGUCGCAGGUCUCCUUCUGGCUUAACAGGGAGUCUGUUCCUGCCCGAACUGUUUUUGGUGUCACCACUGUCCUCACCAUGACCACGUUAAGCAUCAGCGCAAGAAACUCCUUACCUAAAGUGGCGUACGCGACGGCCAUGGACUGGUUCAUAGCCGUCUGUUACGCCUUUGUGUUUUCUGCGCUGAUCGAAUUUGCUACUGUCAACUACUUCACCAAGCGCAGCUGGGCUUGGGAUGGCAAGAAGGUGCUGGAGGCCCAAGAGAUGAAGAAAAAAGAGCCAGUGGCAUUAGCAAAGAAAACCAACAACACCUACAACAUCGUUGGCACCACAUAUGCCCUCAACAUUGCUAAGGACCCUGGCCUGCCCACCAUCUCCAAGAGUGCUGCUGCCACUGCUACUGCCACCAACGUGCCCCCCAAGAUGCCCCGCAUAGAGGAGAAGCUCCCGGAGAGUAAGAAGACAUACAACAGUGUCAGCAAGGUAGACAAGAUGUCCCGCAUCGUCUUUCCAGUCCUCUUUGCCAUUUUCAACUUAGUCUACUGGGCCACAUAUGUAAACCGGGAGUCAGCUAUCAAGGGAAUGAUCCCUAAACAGUAAAAGUGGUCACACAAACCUUCCAUCAGUGAGCACCAUCCAGGCAGGAAUUCUCCAGGGCUUUCUUCUUUCCUGUUUUGUUUUAUUAUUAUUGUUCAUUUGAUAUUAUUAGUACUACUAUUAGAUGGUUCUUUUUAAUGUAAACAAAACUUUUAAUUUAAUCUCAUAUGCAUAUAGUUUCAUUUUAUUUUGUCUCUGAUGAUGAAAGGAAAACAAGGAUCAUAA